UUCCCAGCAGUCAAUGCCGUAAACGACACGCCCAGUCGCAAAGCUGGACGGUGACGUUUGCAAAUCUGAUGUUUGUGCUUUGUGGGUGUUUGCUGGAAACGCCACAUUCUCAAACCACAAAACACAAGCUUAAUUCAGAAGAAAUGGCGACGUUAGGAUAUUAAAAAGACAAGCUGGGACGUUUGUCUCGGAUUCACGCUUACUGGCUUCAAACCUGCUACCUGGAGGCCUGUUGUGAGAGGAAAUCCCCGGACUGAACUGCGACUCCAGGCCGGUCUGAGAGGACAUGCCACCGGAGAGAAAGCUGUUCAUAGCUCGCCUUUCUUCGCGUAUUUUACCCAUAUAACAAACGGCAAGUGCCUGAACUAAGACCAAAAGACUUAUAUAAGACAUGAAACUGUCUAACUGACAUGAAAAUGUGUUCAUGUAGAUCGAGGAGGUGAGGUUUAUGGAGUGUUAGCAGACGGUGCUGAUAAACAGGCUUGCCAUUUCUGGAGCGUUUACAACUGAGGACUCGAAUCCAUCAGAAUGAACCGUUACCUGCCAGUGGCACGGCAGCACUUUCUGAGUGCACUCGCGAGCACGAGCGUAGUGGUUAAGUCCAUAUGUGCCACAGUGAUCCUGCUGUACCUGAUCUCCUGGGCUGCUAACACCCCUUACCUGCUUGGCGUCACACCUGGCUUCCUUUUCCCACCAAACUUCUGGAUUUGGACGCUUCUGACCCAUGCGGUGGUGGAGCAGCAUAUUCUCGGCAUGGUGGUGAACAUUGCUACUGUGAUGGUUGCCGGACGGCUUUUGGAGCCAUUAUGGGGAGCGCUGGAGCUGCUGAUCUUCUUCGCCGUGGUAAAUGUAGCAGCCGGUCUCCUAUCUGCACUGUCUUAUCUUCUCACCUAUUCUGCGACCUUUGACCUGGACUACCUGUUUGCCGUACGGGUGUAUGGCGCACCCGCUUUUCUGGGGGGUGUUCUUGUUGCUCUGAAGCAGACUGCAGGAGAUACCACAGUGCUUCGAGUUCCUCAAGUACGCUUGAAAGCCGCCCCGGCACUAGCCUUGCUAGCAAUAGCCGUACUGCGGCUAGCAGGGCUACUGGACACUUCAGCUCCGCUAGCAGCAUGCGGGUACAGUGCUCUGUCCGGGUGGGUUUACCUGCGCUUCUACCAGAGGCACCCUAGGGGGCGUGGAGACAUGUCGGACCACUUUGCCUUCGCCUCGUUCUUCCCAGAGGCGCUCCAGCCGGCAGUUGGCUUUGCAGCUGGGCUUGUGCAUGCUGCCCUUGUGAAGAUGAAAGUUUGCCGUAAGAUGGUGAAGCGAUACGAUGUCGGGGCUCCGUCCUCCAUCACCAUCAGCCUACCAGGCACAGACCCACAAGACGCAGAAAGACGGAGGCAACUGGCGUUGAAAGCUCUGAAUGAGCGUCUGAAGCAUGUGGAAGACCAGUCAGCUUGGCCCAGCAUGGAAGAUGAGGAGGAUGAUGAAGAUGAGGAGGUGCGAACGGACACUCCUCUCCUUUCAAGCCGAGAGACUUUGCCACCAGCACCCAGCACCACACAAAAUCCUACGGGACAACAGGAGUCCAGCAUCAUAAGUUUUGAAGAUGCUCCGACCCAUUCAUAACACACAAUUCUCCUUUUUGUCCUGCAGAGUUCACUUUACCCUUACAGUCACAAAUGCUACUGGAGACAUCUCACACACACACACACACAUUAUCUUGGGAUGUUUUACAUACACAAACGAGGAGUUGCCACCAAAUGAACACAUUACCCAAACGAAAUGACAAAGACAUACAAGCUCAGUUUUUCAGCUCUAUAAAACCCCUGGACUAGUCUGACACACAACAUCUGCAGUGUUCCAGUACUUUUGCUUUGUAAAAACAAUAUCUUCUCUCUCACUGGCCUCUUGUGUAAGGUUUUUUGGGAAGUACCGUUUCUGAAUAAAUGCUCUAAUGGUUGAUGGGAUUCAGUUUUUUAAAUGCAUGGAAGACUCUACAAAUGUUUAUGGGUUGCCUCUUUUUUAUUUUUUUUUGGUCUUGUAUCAGGAAAAAAGGCAAGAUUCCUUAUAUUUGAGUAGAUGUGAUUUUUUUUUGUUUUUACUGAUGUUAACAGCAUCAAAAGAAUGUCUGGAACAUCAAGGGCGGGAUUGCUAAAGAUGAAGAAUGUUUAUGCAAAAUUGAACUUUUCAAAGAAAGCGUGAUCUCUAAUUUAAGGUUCUGCUCUCAUUGAUGAUGCGGCUCUUUGGUUUCCUUUUCAGUCAUUUUGAUUUCAUAGGUGGUGGCAUAGCGAGGAGAGAUUACAUACAUUCAUUUUAUAUGAAUGGAUUAAAUACAGUAAUUUCAAAGAUUUUUUCGUUCAGAAUAGUUUUAAAUGAUAAUAGCAAUACAGAAUCUGAUUCUGUCCCGUUGUACCCUUUUUCUCAUCUGUACUUUAAUGAUCUGUCUUGAUGUGUUGGCUUUGAUAAGAGUGCUGCACUCUAAAUUAUGAGCUUGCAUAAUGGACCUGUUUUUAUAAAACACAGAUUGUCUACACAAUGUGACUUGAGUUUCAUUUAAUGCAUAUUCUUCUCUGGAGAUUUUUGAUUAGGGUUCCUGAAAUGUUCACUAAUAUUUUAUAACCUCUUUUUCUUUGCAGUUUUUAAUUGUUUAUCUGUUUUCUCGUGGUUUCUAGGUGUCUGUCUUGAUGCUUCUCUCACAGUCUUAUUCUCUGAUUAUUUCAACCCAGUUUUUUUUAUCUCUCUCC